AUCACGCAGCUGAAAAUUGAUCACAACCCUUUUGCCAAAGGAUUCAGAGAUAAUUACGACUCGAUGUACACGGCUCCAGAGGGCGACCGCCUCACCCCCUCUCCAAACGACUCCCCCCGCGCCCACCAGAUCGUCCCCGGCGCCCGCUACACAAUGCAGCCCCUCUUCCAGGACCAGUUCGUCAACAACCUCCAGCAGAACCGCUUCUACAACUGCGAGCGGGCCGUGCCGCAGACCAACAGCCUCCUCUCGCCUCAGACGGAGGACGGGGCGUCGCAGAGGUGGUUCGUCACCUCCGUGCAGCAGGGGGGGAGCAGCGCCGGCAACAAGCUGGAUCUGGCGCCCUACGAGGGCGAGUACUCGGGCUCCCUCCUGCCGUACGGGAUCAAAUCCCUGUCCAUGCAGACCCCUCACUCUCUCAGCUACUACCCGGACACUCCGUUCACCACCAUGUCUGCAGGGUGGGGGUCCAGGGCAGCUUACCAAAGAAAAGUGCCCCCCAGCCUGCCGUGGUCCCCCCGACCCAGCCCUGCUGCUAGCUUCUCAGAGGAGUCGGGGAAAGUGAAAGCGCAGACUGAGGAGGUGCACAGCGGCGAAGCUCUGGUCAGCUCCUGGACUGAGAGCCAGACUUCAGCUCUGUCCCCCAACAAGGCAGAGGCCUUCUCUGUCGGCUGCAAGCGAAGGCGUCCGUCGGUCAACGGGCCGAGCACGGACGAGUCGUCCAUCAGCAGCAAGUGUGAAGACUUGUCCUCUGCUACCAGCAGCCCCUACAGUAAAGAAGCCCCCACAAACAAAGGCAUGCCUUCUUAUUACUCCUUUUACACAAACCCCUGA